GCUGUAUCUAAAAACUAUACUAAAACUCUUUUCUUUUCGUCCGAAAAAACAAACAAGCAGAGCCAGAAAAUGGCCCUCUCAAUCUCCGCAUAUCAACUCAAUAAACUCUCCUUCUUCUUCUCUUUUAAAUCUCACCAUCCCGCCAGACUCUCUAUCUCAAACCCUAAAAUCAGCUUACCAGUGCUACCCAUUAGCCAAGCCACAAGGUCUCAGACUGGUCCACUUAAGAAACGGUCCUCUGCUUCUACUCCUUCUUCAGCCUCCACCGGCAAGAAGAAGAAGAAAAAGGGCAAAAGUGACGCCCCUAAUCAUUUGAGGGAUGUUCAAAUCAUUAAAGCUGAUGAUAAUAUUGAUAAUGAUUCAUAUUCAUAUUCAAAUUCGAGGUCAUUGCCUUAUCAUCCAAACACGCCACUGCCAAAGGCGCCUGCGGGAUUCGUGGUAGAUGAAACUGGAAGGGUUCUCAUGGCUUCUAACAAGCGGAUUGCUACUCUUGUUGAUUCCUCCAAUAAUUAUCCAUUAGAGUGCAUUAUAAGGAGAGUAUUUAGAAGUUCAAAUGGGAAUGAAUGCAUGCUGCUGUGCCCAGUAGACACGCCUGUGCAGAUACUAAAGAGUACGAAUAUUGAUGGGUGGUCAGCUGUCAGUGAUGAAGAAGUUGAAGCUAUUCUUCCGGCUGCUGCAUAUGCUCUGGCCAAGAUACACAUGCACCUAGUACACAGCGGAUUCUGUUAUACAGCAAGGGGAGGAUUUUGUUACUCGGAAGAUGAUAUAUUCGAUUUCCGCACAG